CGCGCCCAGGUUCAUUUCACAGUACGAACUCCUGCUAGUGCUCAUCCAGAGUCAAGAGUGCAGUGUGGAGCUAGACAUCUAAUGGAAAUCAACUGAUUUUGUUUGGAUACAUUCAUACUUUAAGGGCAAUCAGCGUUUUACAAUAUGAACUCGUGAAGUAAGAGAUAACCGAGGCUUUCACUUCGAAGACCACUUGACCAGCCGUCAUGGAAGGAAAAGAGGAGAUCAGUGAUACUGACAGUGGGGUGAUUCUGCAUUCUGGGCCUGACAGCCCCACCACAGUAAUGAAGGAUGUGAAUACUCACACUCGGGUCAUGAAACUCAAGCAGCAAGCUCUGGAGGACAGGCUGAAGAUGUGCUUACUAGAACUCAAGAAACUCUGCAUCAGAGAGGCCGAACUCACAGGACAUUUGUCCUCAGACUAUCCCCUGUUACCUGGAGAGAAGCCCCCUCAAAUUCGCCGGCGCAUCGGAGCUGCUUUUAAAUUAGAUGAGCCAAGUAUCCUACACAGAACUGAGAACUCUGAGCUGAGCUCUGUGGAGGCUGAUCUGGCUCUUCAGCAGCAGAUAUACGUGGCGGCCCAGAGACUGUGCCAGGAGGAACAUCUCAGCAAAGCAGUGAAGAGGAGUCGUCUACAGCAGUACCAGCGGGAGGAAAGGAAACUCAAAGAGCUACAGGAAGCUGUGUUCAGGCUGCGACUGGAACAUGGCCGAUCCUCACCACGCCCUGGCAUGAUCGCACAGAGAGGAUGUACUUCAGAUGAUAGCUCAUUGUCAGACUCAGCAGUGCUGGAUGAGGAGGAAUUGUCUUCCCAGCUUUCUUCAGAGCCGCCUGCUCCUGCUGUAGACCUUCACCCUCCACCUCUAACUAACUCUCAUCCCCCUCCUUAUACACCUAUAGUCCCCUCCUACCGGCCCCUGGAGCCCAUUGUUCGUCAAACCCCCCCACAAUCCCUAGAGGAUUUGCCCACAUGCCAGAGUCCGGACUUAGAGACUGACCCUGCCCCCAUUCAAAACUCUCCCUGGAUGGAGAGUAGUUUGGAUCAGCCCUAUCAGAAAAAGAAAAAAUCUAGUAGCAUCAAAUCCAGUAGUCCUGCUGUUACCCCUACGCUGCCUCCUCUGGAGGUUUGUCUCGCGGAGGCCGGGAUACCUCUGCAGAUACCCACCCAUGCUGCCCUGAAACACACACAGUCCUGCAGUGCACCCUCGACUCCAGAGAUGCACCUGCGCAGGAUACACUCUCUUAGAGUUCCCAACACUGAACCCAACCCGUAUGAUCCCGAGCGGGAACGUGGGCGCUCGAGGGGCCCCAGGAGACGGUUGACAGAGUUUGCAGUGACACCAUCAGAUUACUCUCCUAUGAGUCUAAAUCUUGGAAACCCUUUGUACUACUCCAGUUCUGAGGACAGCAACUCAGAGCACUCCGUGCAGUCCUACACCAGCUCGCCCUGCCAGGAGCAUCCUGGGGAACUUCCAUGGCCCCACCAACCCCACUACGGAUAUCAAUAUGCCAGCUUUAAUGACAGCCAUGUACCACAAAGAUGCUCUCCUACCCACUUCUACAAGAACCCUCAGUACCAGUCCUCACUGAGUUUUUCCAGAGGGUACGUGGAGGACGGAUGGGGUCACCCCUUGGAAAUGGACAGCGGAAGGGCAUACAUAAGCCACCAGGCCCCGUCGCCUGUUUAUUCUUCUAAUGGUCACUAUGAGUACUACUACGGCGAGGCUUUGCCUCCACAGCAGCGAAGUUGCAGGUUGUUACCCACCCAUGUUAAACUGUCACGGGCUCCUUCGCUGAGAGAGUAUCCACACCAUCCUAGCAGAGGCCUGCCACGGCAGGUAGUGUCGGAGGAGCUCAAAUCAUGGCACCAGCGCAACCAACUCAGACCGCCUCGACCGCACUCGCUGGACCGGAACAGGCAGGGCGCGCUCCGCAUCCGAAAUGUGCCUGGGCAAGAGUCCCCGCUUUCGCUUUCCCAGCACCACCGUUUCCAGGAACAGCAGAAACGGGUCGUUCUGAGGACUCCAGACCGGUUGUAUGAGGAUGACUCAGAGGUCGCCAGCCAGGUGUGAAACCAUGGACUCCCUUCUGACGACAGUCCUAUUUAUUCGAUAAUUUAUUGAGCUGAUGGAUUAAAGUGUAGAGUUUUUUUGUAACAUCGAACUAAAAUAUCUAGGGGUAUGUCAAGACAGUCAUCACUUUCUAUGAAAUGCCUGGUCUCAAAAUGUCUGAGAGUUUUACUGUGAAAGACAAUUUUAAAAAAUGUUUUAUAGAUGUUUUUAUAGAUUAACUUACUUAUUGAUUUUUUUAUAUGAUGAAAUGAAAUCUAAUUUGCUACUAAGCGUUAUGUUGUUUGGUUAGUGUGUUGAUACUAAGAUAAAAAAAAAUAAAGUUAUAUGAAUAAAGAUUCUGUUUGUUGAUAUAUGAUGUAAUCAGUGUUUAUUCUGAUUAGUUAAUACAGUGACUUUUGUAUAUGGGCCAUUCCACAGAAUUUGUCCAAAGUUGAAGAGUUGAAAAUGUCUUUUUCUGUAUAAUAUCUGUAUAAUAUCCAAGGUACACAUUUCUAGUAAUUGUGCAGUUAAUUCUCAUAUUGUACUUUCAGAAAAUUUUGAAAUAUUUGUCCUUUCCCUAAACUUGUCACUACCAAAACACAGUAAUAUAUAAUUUAAUAAGAAGGGUUAUAUUGAUCUAUUAAGAUUUUGCUUAUAUUUACAUUGUAAAUAUAUUAUUUUGCUAUUUUACUAACAUUUUUUCAGAGGUAAAUUACAUUUUUAACAAUGUUAUUUAUGAAAUCUGUUGUAUUUUGAAUCCAAUUUUUCUUGUAAAAGACAAAAAGUUGGUCAUACUGAUUUCAAAGUUAAGGAUUCAUUAGUCUGAAUAUACGUUCCAAAAACUAUCAUAACAUCUCAUUUGAUAUUUCAGUAUACAUUAUUUUUGACAAAACAUCCCAUGUUUCGGUCGUGACUGCACAUUUUUGGUAGUGACAGUAAUGCUGUGGUAGUGACCACAUCACAUUACAGAAUUUUAAUUUGCAUACUAAAACAUACUAAAAUUUUAAAAAUUUGCAUAACUGUACUAAAAUUUUGUUUAUUUCCCCCAAAUAAAGGAUUUUGUGUUCCCUUUGUCACUACGAAAAUAAUGAUGACAUGUUUUGGUCACAAAUGUUUCGGUAGUGACAAUUUUAGUUACUUUUGAAGCUAGCUCAAAGAUGCUAAUCAGCACAUGGUUAGCACAGUUCUGAACAGCUGUACACAUAUAAAAACGAAAUGUUAUGGAAUAACUCCCCAAAAAAGUGUGCUUAAUGGAAAAAGUGUUCGGUUUUGACGUUCCUUAAAGUUGCACACAGAUUUGUCAGACUUUUGAACACAUUUACCUCCUGAAUCAUGUAGGGACUCAGGAAUAUUUUCUGAUCAUAAAUGUAGGGGUGUAGUUAAAAUCAGUCUUAGCCAAUGGACUUAAAACAUACACUGUUUUGGUACUGACAUGAACAUGCACUUUUUUACAUAAAGUUUUAUAAUUUACAAAGAAAAUAUAAAUAUUUUUUUUUGAACGUGAAGAGUCAGAAAGAUACUUUUAAAAACAACAAUGGAAAAAAUACAAAAAAUAA